CUUUUACUGUCAAAAUUUAUGCAGACAUCAUUUUCUGUGGAAAAGGCGCUAAGCGCAUGAUAUAUGGCGCUCAGCGCCAUGCAAUUUCUAGAGUACUGGCCAAAAUGCGCUUAGCACUUGCCAGUGGCGCUGAGCUGUUCUGUUCCAAUAAAAAAAACACUUUCAUUUAUUCUUUCUCACUGCUCGAGAGUCAAUCUCACUCGUCCCUUUCCCUUGCUCGCUUCUCUUCCUCUCUCACUCACUCACCUCAUCAACACAUUUUAUCACUCACACACUAACUCUUCAUCCAUCUCACUCGUCUUGCUCCCUCUCCUUGAUUCUGAUUUUUUCUUUUUCUUUUCCCUUUCUUCCCACGUGGUUCAAGAUGGUAAGACUAAAAGUGCGGGCGCGGAAAGAACCACCAUGUCAAACACCUACCGAGGAUUCACCGCCAUUGGUUUCGUUGCCAUACGAUAGACACACAUUCAGAUCACAAGCUCACUAUCAUAGAUACCAAGAGAUAUGUGCUCAAGAUUUCAUUGAAGAGAGGAAUGUGGUGCUUCAGCCAAAUAGUUACAAGCAGUUCCAGGAUGAGUUAUAUAGGAGAAAAUGGGGAAAGUUGGCAGAUCUACCUUACACUUUCAAUCCGAAGGUGGUGAAAUUAUUCUACGCAAAUGCCUUGCCACUUUCAGAGGCAUCUCAGGAAGCACAUAGGGUAUCCUACAUCCAGGAAAGACAUAUUUAUUAUGACAGAGAUACUAUCAAUGCCUUAUUGGAUGAACCUCUAGUGAUGAAAGGGGACGAGAUGUGUGACUACUUUAGAAAGAAGCAAGAAUGUGAAGGGUUUGAUGAUCAUGAGGUUGCAAGAGAAUUAUGCUUACCAGGAAAGUCUUUCACCACCAGAAGAAAAUCAAGGCAAAUCAAGAAGGCAGACAUGACCGUCCUUGCUCAGAUCUGGAUAACUUUUUUGCUGUCCAAUAUUACACCAGUAACGCACAAAUCUGACCUUCCCAUGGAGCAUGCUUACAUCAUUUACUGUAUUCUGAGAGGUUACACAGUGGACGUGGCCCAAAUUAUUUCAGAAAGAAUGCACAAAGUGGUUGAAGCUGAGCGAAAGGCAUUGCUGGUUUUUCCAUCCUUGAUUAAUGAAUUGUGUAAAUAUCAUGGAGUGCAGGUACCUGGUCUCAAUUCAGCUGAAAUCAACCUUCCCAUCAAUGAGAAAUAUAUUGAAACAAAUUGUAAGGAAGGAGGCAGGAAAGACACUCAGCCAGAGCAACAACAAGCAGCAUCACCACCACCUCAGGCACCGUCUCAACUAGAUGCAGUUAUAGAGGAACUCAGACAGAUCCGUACGGAGCUAGGUAGUGUCCAAUCUAAACAUGAUCAGAUUCUCACACGCCUAGAUCAGAUUCAGUUGGAGCAGAGAGAGGUGCGUUCCUAUGUUCGUCUUCUCUCCAGACAGGAGCAUGCUUGUUACACAACCACUACUAUACAUCAUCGGGAUGUCAGGAAUGCAGCUGUGCACCAGGGCUCUCAGCCAUAUGCUUGGCCCUCUUAUGAGGAGUACUUGGAUGCUACUGGUUGGCCUGGGGACAGGCACACAUUCACAGAAGGGGAGAGAGCUGAUGCUGAUUUUGGAGCAGGAGCAGGAGCCACCACUAGUGGAGCAACUGGUCAUGACUUGGGAUUGGGUGAUUACAUGUCUGAGGAUGAUGAAGACAUUGAGGAUUGAACUGCACAUCAUCACAAGUUUUUCAUUUACAUUUCUGUUAUUUAUUUUCAAAAGUACUUUAUGGUUUUUAGCACUUUAUUGCUUUUAGUUGGAUUAAGAGUUGAUGUUUGUCUUGGUUUGAAUUGCAACUGCUGGUUUGGGUUUUGCUAAAAGCAUGAUGAAUGAACUCUCAAAAUGACUGCAUGAGUUUGAUUGCAUGACCUUGAAGGAUUAUGUGUUUGCACUCAUAGGUUCCAUGGCAUGAAUACUUACAUUUCUCACAUGAGAUCAAUGACAUGAAUUUUAAAAUGUUUUGAGAUCAAGGAAUGCAACUUAAAACCGAGUGAGGGAGUGUUCCUAAACAGUUGAAAGCAUGAGAGAGUCGCCAUUUGUAUUGCAUAUUGAAUUUGCUUGAGUCUCUUAUAUUGGUAUUGAUUGCAUGAGAAUGAUAGGAAAGGAUCAAGGCAAUUUUGUUCAUUAGUAUAUAUAGCUACUUGACCAUAUAGCCUACCCUUGUAUAGGAAUCUCUUUUGUUACCCCAUUUGAGCCAAAAAUUUGAAAAAUUUCUUGUUUCUUGUAUAUGAUCCUAAACUCAAAAGAAAAACAAUGUCUCUUCCUUACUUUUUAAGUUAAGAGAGCAUGCAUGAUUUGAUUGUAUAUAAGUGUGCAAGUCGGGGGGAGUGGAGGCUAUUAACAUUGUGUUUUGAAAUUUUCAAUUUCCCAAUCUUGUGUGUUAAAAAAAAAAAGAAGAAAAAAAAAAGAAAAAAAAAUUGUCUAUAAGAAAAAAAAAGUGUGAAGUGUAGGAUUGAGAAACCAAGUGGAAAGAAAAGGGUUUGUUGUUCAAAUUGUAAGAAAAUGAUGACAAUGAAGAGGUUGGUAAAGAGAAGAGUGAAGGAUUCAUGAUUUGCAUUACAUUAUGUUUGCUCUCUUAAUUAGAAAGUGUUUGAGUAUCUAGAAAAACCAAUGUUUCUUUGAAAACCAAGCCUCAUUACAACCCUAUAAGACCUUAGUGAUCCUUGAUUUACCAGGCAAUUAUGACAAUUGUGAGACAAGUAUCAAAUUUGAAUUGUUGUGAUUCAAUGGUUGACAUUGUGUGAAACACUUACCCUAUUUUGGCUUUACUAUUUGCCAAUUGAUUGAGAAAUUCCUUGGUUGAGAAGCAUUUGAUUUUGACUGUCUCAUUAUUUCAUGUUGAGUGUGUAUUGUUCAUUACUAUGUGUUCUCUAUGUGGGCAUCACAUGUUUGGAUUAAGAGUGCAAGUUUGAGAAUAUACUUUGGUGAAAAAGAACUGGAAUUGAGUGUUGAUGUUUAUCAUGCUUGUUGCAAGAACCUUGUAUAUAUGUUUUUUUGAUGAUCGGUACCUUUUGUUUGAGGACAAACAAAGUUCCAAGUUGGGGGGAGCUGAUAAGUGUCGAAUUUACGUGAUUUUCCAUAUUAGAAUCGUCACUUAUUUGUUCUUAACAUGUGAUUUAUUCCUCAAACUAUCCCUCAUUUGCAUAAGUUGUAAAUAUUUACAUUUUAGUAGUAUUUUGUCUUAAAUAUAAUCUUAAUCAUAAUUAAACUUUACUUUUUGAUUUUAGGAGAAAUAUUGACGAAGAUCCAAGCAAUUAAGUGAAAGUUGAAGAUCUAGAAAGACGGUGGCGCUUAGCCCCAUUUCUGGCGCUUAGCACCAUUUGGACAGGGGAAACCCAUCUUUGAAGGAAGCUUGGCGCUUAGCGCCAAAAAGUGGCGCUUAGCGCCAUUUAAGGCGGUUCAGAUUAUUUCAAAGUGGCGCUUAGCACCAAAAGUGGCGCUUAGCGCCAAGUGCCCGAUCUGCUUCAUUUAAAAGCUCGAAUUGAACAAAGAAAAGGGAUCUUCUUGCUACUUCUUUAGAUUUCAAGAGAGGGAACUCAACCAGAACAUAGAGGAGACUUGGGUGGACAGAUUCUUGAUCAUUCGACGAGCUGGGAACGGCUCUAGGACGUCACGGGUCGCCACUUUCACCUUAGCUUUCUCUUGUAAGCUUUGUAAGCAAUCCAUGGAUAUGGGUUGCUAAGUUUCUUUGUUGGAUUUGGAUGUAGCCUUUAACUAUGAUGUGUUCUUCUUGAUUUCUAUAUGUAAUAUAGUUUCUAUCACAUGAUUCAA